AUGGCCAAAGUCGAAAGGUUUGCUUUUCAUGUGCCAAGUCUGGAGGAGCUUGCUGGGGUUUUGCAGAAAGGGCUUAAAGAAAACUUUGCUGAUGCUCAAGUCUCCGUUGUAGACUGUCCUGAUCUAACUCAGGAACCCUUCAACUUUCCUGCUAAAGGAAUCUGCGGAAAGCCUAGAAUAGCAGAUGUGGGAGGUGUUCCAUACCUCAUACCCAUUGUACAGAAAGAAAAAGUUUAUGAUCUCAAUGCAGUUGCAAAAGACAUAGAGCUACCUGGAGCUUUCAUUCUUGGAGCUGGAGCGGUUUCAUCUAGGAUUCUUGGAGUAAAUGCUGAGCUUAUCCCUAUUGUUCAAACUAAGAGUGAAAAAAAGUCUGCUGUAAAUGGGAGCUAUGUUGCUCAGAUAAAUCCUGCAGAUAAAGGGUGCCUGCUUGAGAAGUACAGCAGUAAAUAUUCUGACUGUGAGUUUGGGCUGUUGGCCAACCUUUAUGCCAGUGAGGGCCAGCCUGGAAAGGUCAUUGAAGUGAAAGCAAAUGGAAGAACUGGGGAACUUAACUUUGUGUCUUGCCUGAGGCAAAUUUUAGAGAAACACUAUGGAGAAAAGCCAGUUGGGAUGGGUGGUACAUUUGUCAUUCAGAAGGGAAAAGCAAAGAUUCACAUUAUGCCUCCAGAAUUUUCUGCCUGCCCACUGAAUACUGAUGAGGAUGUGAAUAACUGGCUCAAAUUCUUUGAGAUGAAGGCUCCACUGAUUUGUCAGCCAGUAAUAGUUUCCAGAGAUCCAGGCUUUGAUCUGCGUGUGGAGCACACCCAUUGCUUCAGCCACCACGGGGAAGGAGGCCACUACCAUCAGGACACCAGCCCUGACAGUGUGCAGUACCUGGGGUACUUCCUGCCCGCUGAGCUGCUGUUCCGCAUUGACAGGCCCCUGGAGACGCACCAUGUCGGGAGAGACUGAAACAGGGAAGCUCUGGAGAAGGUGUAGCAAUUUCAUCUUU